AUGCCAUCUCAAUACCAAGUCACCGAGCCUCACCCAACCGUCUCAGGAUGGACUCACUCUGGACGAGGAGGAAUGGGCAACACUUUCAAGGCCCCCAAGACCUCUAACGGCAGCACUGCUAAAGGCCCAGCAUCUCUCUUCGAGCACGGCCUCCCAGCAUCUUCUUCAUCCAAGUUCAGCUCCGGACGGGGCGGUGCUGGUAACAUCCACGCACCAAGUGAGCGAGCCAUCUUCUCCUUCGACGAAGAGCUCGAGCGUGAAACCACCCGCGAGCAAAGAGCAAAGCAAGGAUCCGCAUGGCACGUCGGACGAGGAGGAGCUGGAAACUGGGCUUCUGAGCGACCAUCCUCAGGUCGCAAGGACUCGACCAGCUCGGGCGACAGCAACGGCAGUGUAAGACCUGGCUUCUUUGGCCGUCUCAGCUCUACUUUCGAACGACACUAA